AUGCCCCCUUUCCGUGCAGCGGUGUGCCACGUCGCACCUAUCUUCCUGUCCGCCAAAGCAACGACUGAGCGUGCUAUCGAACUUAUCCACCAAGCAGCACGCAACAAAGCCAACCUGGUCGUCUUCCCUGAAAGCUACAUACCCGCAUUUCCAAUCUGGAGUUCUAUAUUACCACCGACGGACAACCAUGACUUCUUCAAACGCAUAGCCCAUGAAUCUAUAUAUGCGAAUGGCGAAGAAAUGCGCGCUAUUCAGGCCGCUGCACGCGCUACAAAUACUAUCGUAAGCAUUGGCUUCUCUGAAAAGACACGGUUCAGUACAGCGACAUUGUAUAAUUCCAACAUGAUCAUUAGUGAAAAGGGAGAAGCAGUGGUGCAUCACCGGAAAUUGAUGCCUACUUUUUUCGAGAAGCUAACCUGGUCACCCGGCGAUGGGUAUGGGUUGAGGGUUUAUGAAUCUGAGCAGGGAUAUGGCAAGAUUGGGAAUCUGAUUUGUGGCGAAAACACCAAUCCGCUAGCGAGAUAUACUCUUAUGGCGCAGGGGGAGCAGGUGCAUAUAUCGACUUGGCCGGCUGUAUGGCCUACUCGUGUGACGACAGCAGCAGCAUCAGCAGGUCAUGCGUCUCCCAAGAAUUACGAUAACGUAGCAGCAAACAAAACCCGGGCUGCAGCGCACUGUUUCGAGGCCAAGGCCUUUGGAAUUCUCAGUGCCAGCUUUUUGGAUCAUCAGACAAUUGAUGCGAUUGCGUCCGGCUCCAAGAACCCGGAAUUUGUGACUGAAGCCCUGGGGGGAGCUCCACGGGGUCCCAGUAUGUUUCUCGAUCCCACAGGCAAGCAGAUUGAGUCUGCUUACGUUGUGGACGGCGGAGAGAAAGUAGAAACAGGCCAAUUGACCGACCGUGAGGGGAUUUUGUAUGCUGAUUUGGAUUUGGAUGAGACAAUUGAGGGCAAGCAAUAUCAUGAUGUGGUUGGUGGGUAUCAGCGGCUUGACGUGUUUAAUCUGAAAGUUGACCGUUCUCGACGAGACCCGAUUUCUUUUGUGGAGGAUCAGAAUGGAGGAGAGGACAGAAAGGAGAAUGAGACUGUUGAUUUGUGAUUGUGAAAUCACUAGAUCUAAAACUCAAACCCUUAGGUCCUUUACUUAAUGCGUC